UUAACAACACUGAAAGUGGAUUGUUUUAACUUACACGCGGGAAAUCGAAAGUAUAAGAUUUGUGUAUAAUUGCAAACAGGUCGUAUGAUCAGGUGUUAACUCAAUGUAGGAAGGUUUCUUAUUUAAUCGUUCAAGAUGGAGACGCUUGAACACGUGCAAGGUGGAAGCAUGGAAGUUAAGCGCAAAAGGAAACUUGGCUUAACAAUUGUAGAUUCAUUCGAUUAUUUGAGAAACUCGAAUGAAUUACAAAGAGUAGAUGCAGGAACAUUUUUAAUUAAAACUUUGUCAGGAAACAUUAAGAGUGGGGAAGGCGGCGCGGAGUUGGCGUACGUGCUGAAGAGGCUGGUGUACGGGAUGGGGUCCAUGCGUGAAGCUUCGUGCGCGGGGUUUUUCUCCACGCUGGUGGCCCUUCUGACGGCCGUCCCGUCGAUAACCGUCAGCGAGAUGCUCAAACUGCUGGAGGGGGAACUGUCCGUGUCCGAAAAGCUUCAGAAGAGCGAGGAAGCGGACAUAUACUUCGGUCAGAUACUGGUGCUGGGCACUCUCAUCCGUUCCGGGAGGUUUGUGGACCAGGCCAGCCGCGAGCAGCAGCGACAGAUUCUGGCUGCCAUGCUGGAGGCUGGGGAGAAGAGGAGUUAUCUGCGGCUUGCUGCGUACACUUUCAUCUUGGAACUGGUCAAACAGGAAGAUUCAGAACUGUUCCAAGAGGUGGUGUGGCCAGUCGUGGUGCAAGAGCUCGGAAAGCCAUUGAAGAGCCAGUCCCUCGAAGGGCUGUACUUCUUAUUGGUGGUUCGUAGCAGCUUCCCAGAGUUCCUGCCACAGGAGUUCUUGCUGGAACAAGUGGGCUUUCCAGAUCUGUUAGAUGAAGACACUGCAGAGAUUUGGGGCCGGCUUCUUUUGGAGUCCCCGGCCGCGACCUACGCCAAGCACCCCGUGUACGAGGAGCUGGCCAGGCAGCUCGCCGCCUCGCCCCGCCUGCCCGAGCUCUGGUCCAGAGGGGUGGAGCCGUGGCUCGCGACGCCCAGCGCCAACCGCCAUCACGUGGCGUUCCAGCUGCUCUCCGUCAUCCUCGCCAACAUCGCGGACAAGAACAACGUAAGCCAGCUGUUGACUCCCAACUUGGUAGCUAUACUCCUGAGGCACAUGAAGUCGAAGGAAGACCGGAACAUGCAGCUCGCGGAGCAGGCGGGCGAUGUUCUCGCUCUGAUCGUGAACACCUUCUCCAACGGCGAGCAGGACAGUGACGAUGCCAUCUUGGGGGUUCUGGAUAAGCUGCUCUUCUGCCCCGGCACGCUGAUGUUCGAGAAGGUGACUGGGACCCGCAUCGUGCAGAUUCUGUCCGGUGAGCUGAGAGCGGAGGGGAUGAAGCGGCUGGCCCAGCGGUACGAGGACGUGGUGACGUGCCGCGCAAAGAAGGCGCGCGGGCCGGACGGGAAGGUGGCGCCGUGGUUGAACGGGGAGCGGGUUUAUGCCGCACAGCUCCUCACCAGGUUGAUGUGCAGUCAAGUGGUACAGACUGAGACUGAGUGGAAAAUAAACAAACUGAAGUUCCUCCUCCACCUUGGUAUGUUCAAAACAGAGAAUUUUGGACACCAGCUUAUUGAGACACUCAGGAACUGUUUCUUUAAGGUCAUUGACCAGCCACCAAAAUCAACUCUGCCUCGUUUGAACAGUGUGCGUAACAUUUUAUCCUCCGUAGUGAGUCACGCCAACAAAUUACUGAAAAACAGCGGCGUGGACUCUCUGAGACAUCCUUGGACGGAAAAGGUGCACGAAUCAUGGAAGGCGAUGAUCAAAGUGGUCAAGAAAAUGAAGCCCGGGAAAGAGGAGUCAGAUUCACCGGUCAUCCCAGUGUUCCACACAAUGUUCUUGCAUAUGGGACUGCAGUUGUUCGUGAAGCCAGACAAUACAAUAGAAGCAUUACAGGAGCUCCACAGCUGCUACGAGGAGAUCGGCCAGUCGCGCCCGCGCCCGGCGGGGGGCCGGGACGACGAGGUGCAGUGGGUCGACGUGGCGGUCGACCUGAUGCUGUCCCUGCUGUCUCGCAACACGCACCUGCUGAGGAACAUGGUGGGCUGGGUGUUCCCGCACCUCUGCCCCUUCCUCACGCCCUGGUCGCUGAACACGCUGCUUCAGGUUUUGGAUCCGGCAUCGGAGGAGCACCCCCUGCUGGACUCCCUGUCCGCCGACGAGGACGAAGAAGGCAGCGCGGGAGACAGCUCGGACGGCGAUGGUUCCGGCAGCAGCGAGGGCGAAGAGGAGGGUGUCUCAGACUCUGAGCAGGACAACGACGAGCCGGCCAACGCCAAGCUGCAGAUGGCGGUCAGGGAGGCCCUGGGUGCAGCCGGCACCGUCACCGACACGGAGUCCGUGGACUUGGACAACCUGGACGAGGAGGAGGGCAACCGGCUGAACGAGGCCUUGUCAAAGGCGUUCCGGCAGUUCCGGCAGUUCCGGCGGCCGGGCAAGGGCUCCAAGGCGGCCAGGAAGCAGACCCGCAGGGACCGGGCCCUGACGCACUUCCGGAUCCGGGCGCUGGACCUGCUGGAGAUGUACAUCGCGGCCGGGCCCGGGCUGGAGGCGUGCCUGAGGUUCGUCCCGCCCUUGUUCCGCCUGCUGGAGUUCAGCAUCCAGGACGAGCACCAGCGGCCGCUGGAGGCGCGCGUGCGCUCGUGCGUCGCCAAGCUGGCCAGGCUGCGGAGGUGGGCGCCGUCUCCCGGCGUCACGGAGUCGCAGCUCGCCGCCGUGGCCUCCGGUCUCCUGGACAAGGGCGAGCGCAAGUCGACCGUGGUGCUGGACAUGAACACGCAGGUGAUGGAGUGUUGCAUGUUUCUGGCACGAGUCUCCCACCAGCUGAACUCACAAGAUGGGGCAGAGAAGAAGAAAACUGUAGAUGGCUCUCCUUUGACAAGUGUCUUCAAAAAUGCUGCCAUAGAGUUCUUUCAGAAAAGGGAUUCUCUGUUGCACCCUGGGUUUUUCAAAACGUUGACCCAGCAGAUGUGGUUCGGGAAUUGGAACCUCGUGCCUCUGUACGUGGAGUGCUGUUUCGCUCCGAACACGAGGGUCUUCAAGCGGAGCCAGGCCAUCGCGAUGGUGACGUGUUUCUUCAACAACAGGCUGGUCCAGCAAACGCUCACGCAGGAGGAGAAAGACUGCCUCUUGAAUUUGGAGAAAGCCAUCAUGCAGCAUACCUUGCAGUUGUUGCGGGAGGUGGCGGCAGGCAGCACCGUCGUCAGGGACAAGUUUGUGGGCGAGUUGGUGCAGCUGGUGGCGACCGUGUGGAACCUGCGGGCGAGGCAGGGCGCCGCCGCCGACUGGCGUGCCGUCGGGCUCGCCUUCGUCGAGUACAAGAGGAGCGUGUCUACCGUGGCUGGCUUCGUGAAGCACGCCAUCAAGCGGCUGGCGCUCUCCAUGAAACUGCAGCCCGGGGUUAGUUUUGGAAAGCACUCUGAAGAACCCAUGGCAAAGGUAAGAAAAAUGGAGAACGAAGAAGACAGCGCCAUUGGAACAGAGUCGAGUGGAAGUGAUCACGAGGACAGAGAAGAAAACAAGAAGCGCCCGGUCAUUCCACAGACUGCCGGUGGAUCGCGAGACCCGGGAAACGUGGAAGGCGAUGGGAAGAACGGAAAGAAGAGGAAGAAAUUCAAACGCAAAAGUGACCUGGCCCACCAGAAGAAAGAAUCAAAACUGUUGCGUGCGGCAGCCGCGUCUGAUGGACUGGAGCUGGUGUCUUUUGCAAGCGUAGAUGUCGGUUCCAUUGCCGGUCAUUCUGUGGACAGUGAAAACAAAACGGAUGGUAGCGGGAGUGAAAACAAGGGCGUGUCUUCGAAUUUCAGAAAGAGCAAAAAAAAAAGUAAGCGUUAAUUUUUUUUUGUUUGUAAGCUUUGUUUUUACCUAUAUGAAUAAAAUUUAAUUCACAAACUAUGGAACGUGGUACGGAUGUAUUGUUUUAUGUGGUAAGUCACAGGAAAAAUUAAAUACAAUGAAAUUUUCUAGGUACUACGAUAUUAAUGUUAUUAGUUUUGGGUGUUUUCCAUAAGUAUGUUUUCGAGUUGAUUUUCAUAUUCUUUAAUUUUGAUUCUGAAUCCACGCACUUUACGAUUCUUGUAAAUCUACUCCUGAUUGUAUACUUGGGUGUAAAAACCUUUUUGUUUACAAAUCAGUGAUGUUUAUUUACAGUAAAAUGAUGUCAAGACCCUAUUUAUUACGACUACCUCUCUGUAGAAGUACCUUGAAAAAUUUUUGUUGGAAAGUAAAAACAAUUGAAGGGAAAUUAGUCGAAAAUCUUCGAAAACUCGUUUGGCUGGGUUUUCUUCGUGAGCACUGUACUGCGUGCGUGCGUGUGUGUGCGUGCGUGCAUGCUCAUGCAAGACGACCACAUCCACAACCACGACUGCGCAAGCGAUAACAAAGAAAGCACAGUGCUUAACCUUCUUGACCUCUUUGGCGUGGUAUAUAGUUACGACCCACAUCUAAUAAAUAUUCACUUUAUGAAAAAUCUUUUCAUUUUCCUAUUGAAAUCACAAAUCAGUGUCAUAUUUGCUUUAGAGCGUGUUAAAAGAUACAGUUGCGCCACACAUUUAACUGAGUUUAUGCUUGUUUUGGUGACAGUAGCUGUGGUCAAAUGUGCUCUUCUUGUAAAUCUGUUUUUGGAAGGUGUAUGUUAUCAAAAUAAAUUUUUUUAGAGUUUUGAAAACUUGUCAAUUUCUUGCCAUAUACGACUGAACACAUAUUUAGUGUGAAAAAUGUCAUAUUUUGACAUCCAUUUUGGUGGGUUGUUCUGCCAAAAUGGAUAUUACAACCCCCCCCCCCCCCCCCCCCCCUCUAUUUCCUAUCUAUUCCCGGGAACAGUAAGGGGUCAUAACAGUGGGGUUUUACUUAAACUGCUUAUGAUUUAAUUUAAUUAUCGAAGAGCACUAAAGUUAAUCAGAUUCUGCAGUUUGACAUUAAAACUUGAAUGUAAUUUAUUAAAAAUAUUGUAUUCUAAAAUAAAUAAAAAUUUGUUAAAAUACUCAAUUUCUUGUAUUUGUGUAUUAUGAAAAACCUGUAUUUAUUAGUCAAAUUAUAAAUAAAACAUAAUUUGAAAAA